UUCACCUACCCUGGGAUGCAACAACCCGGCCAGACCGCUGGAUAUCCUCAGUUCCAUUACCCGACUGCAAGCGGCGAUCAGAGCGCCCAACUUCUUCAGGGCUAUGCUAUGCCACAACAGAGUAAUGCUAACCCGGCUGGCAUGUCUGGUGCUAUGUUUGGAAGCCAGUCCGGCGCAUCUUACAACUUCGACCAAUCGAAUGCGGGUUACUCUCAAUCACCUUCGGUCCCCGUCUGCCAAGUGGGCGCAGGAUCUCAAGUCCCAAUGCAACCAGGUUUUGCCUACCCCGAUUUUUCCGGAUCAUUCGGACAAUACGCUGGCAUGGGACAAAAUGUUCCAUCUGGCUUGGCCGCUAUGCAGGCAGGUCUUAGUGGUGAUAUGCAACAAUUCGGUCCGCUGAUGACAAAUGCUUUCGGUCAACCGAUGUCGGCGAACGGAGCAAUCCUCGAAGCCUUGGCUCACGAACAGGGUCUAGCGGGUAACCGUAAUGUUAACCACCAACUCUGCUCUCCAAGGUUUCAACCCAAUGGCAUUUCUGCAAGAUCCCACCGGAAUGGCCUCGAGGAGUGGUGGAGCAUCAAGAGGAGGGGUACAUCUAGAGCGAAGUUUUCACAAAUCUUAACUUCUUUUUUAACAGAGCAUGAAUUCCUUGGCAGGAAGAUUGAGGUGAAGCAGGCUGUAAACAGCCAGCGUCCCGUAAUUCUACCGCCUGGUGGUGGCGGACAAAACGCCGCGAUGGGGAAUACUGGUUUCGUGGGCUCCGGCACUCCCACUAAUCCCGCAGCAGCUUUGGCCGCUGCUGCUGUAGCUGCCGCAGCUAGUGGCAAUACUAUGGCAAGUUUAAUGAGCAACAGUGCGGCUGCUGCAGCUAGUUUGGCGGCAUUCACGGGAGGCAGCUCUCAAUUUGAUGGAAAGGAUUUCUCCGGCCGGGGUGGCGGCGCCGGAUCUCGUGGUGGCCGUGGAGCCAUGACUAAUGGCCGCACUGGUGGAUCAAAUCAGGCUGGAUCUAGGGAAGGAGACUGGAGUUGCGCACAAUGUGGCAACAUCAAUUUUUCUUGGAGGGAACAGUGCAAUCGGUGCCACGUACCGCGGUCACAAGACGUGCCUGUCGCUAAUGAUAUGCCCGGCAUGGGUAGAGGUGCCGUUGGUAUGCCUCGUGGAGGUGGUCAGGGCUCGAUUCCAGUUGUAAACGCUGCCGGUGCACAACCUCCCGGCAUGCCUGGAUUUGGUCGUGGUGGUCCUGUCGCCGUUGGUGGAAUGCCCCUGACUGCUCGUGGUGGACGUGGUGGAGGACCCAUGCGAGGCAGUAAUGUCGGUGUUGGAAGAGCCCGCCCUGCGCCUUAUUGACUUGUAUGAAUCUCACCUAACCCUGUAUUCCGUUUGGACACGAUAUAGCACAUGUUCGCUGCUAUACUUGGUGCAUUUCGCUGUCCUUUGGUAUUGAACUUUUUAGUCUAUUUGUCUUUUGUAAUAAUGACCGGCUUCCGAAGCUCUUUUAGACGCCAUGGAAUGUGAAUCAGUCACCACCUGAGUGCUUGUUUUCCGUAUUCUUAUGUCUCAUCGUUGUCCGUAGGUAGAUACGGUUUUUUGUUGUGCAUACUCCAAGGUGUUGUACAGAUCAAGUUUGCAACGCGUAUGCCUGUUGAUCGCCCAUCGUUCUGACCUUCCCCCCAGAGGCUCGUAGGGUUUUGCUGGUUCCUCAUUUCGCAAUACGUUGUCAUGGAUAUCCAAG